CCCUCUGCAGGGCACCACAGCCUGGGACCCCUCACCAUCAGCUCCUUCUUUCUCCUUCCCCAGUGGGACAGCCCGAGGCCAGCCCCCUCCCCGGGCAGUGCCAGCCCGAGACAAGCACGGCCAUCAGCGAGGAGCCCGAGCCUCUGCAGUCAUGGGAGCAGGAGUACUUGGUGGGGAACAGCCCCGGGGGCAGCGGCCGGGCCCUGUGCAUGGUGUGUGGCCAGGAGCUCCACACGCCUUCUGCCCGCAGCGCCCGGCGCCACAUUCUUCGCCAGCACCCCCACACCCUGGGCCUGAGCCCCGGGGAGAAGAGCAACAUCCUUGAGGCCUGGAGUGAGGGUGUGGCCUUGCUAGAUUCCCUGGGGCCUCCCUCCCCCCCCAGCACAG